ACAACUUGGGAUAAAACUGGAUUCUGCAGGAAUCGCCGGGGGGAGAAGCUAUGGUGAUGAUUUUAUCUACUCCGCUCAAUCCAAGACUUACAGUUCUAUGUGAAACAAAACUGUCGUUAUCUCGUAGCAAACGCUCGGUAUGUUGUUCACUGAGUGAAGAACCAAAAGACCAAAGCUCGAGUCGGAGGAGUGUUGUUUAUCUAUUGGCUACUUCGCCGUGUUUGUUGUUUCCGGUGUUAUCUUCAUCUGCGAAGACUAAAUCCAAGAGCCCUUAUGAUGAGAGACGGUUACUAGAACAGAACAAGAGGAUACAGAGAGAGAACAACGCUCCUGACGAAUUUCCAAACUUUGUUAGAGAAGGUUUUGAGGUUAAGGUUGUAGCUUCAGAUAAUUUCGUAAAGGCUGAUUCAGGCCUCAUAUAUCGGGAUUUCAAUGUUGGUCAAGGUGAUUGCCCAAAAGAUGGUCAGCAGGUGACUUUUCACUACAUUGGCUACAAUGAGUCCGGAAGGCGAAUAGAUAGUACUUACAUACAAGGCUCUCCUGCUAGAAUCCGCAUGGGAACCAAUGCACUUGUUCCUGGAUUUGAAAUGGGAAUUCGUGACAUGAAGCCCGGUGGGCGAAGAAGGAUCAUCAUCCCUCCAGAAUUGGGACCUCCGGUGGGACCUUCGACCUUCUUCAGCUCAAAGCAAUUUGAAGUUUUCGAUGUGGAGUUGCUCAGCAUCCAGAAUUGUGAGAGGAGGACAAUUAUAGGGUUCUACUCAGAUGUCACAUGCAGUUAACUUCCAAGUGAUCUGCAUGACUAAGCUUUUAUUGAAUCUGCAAAGAAACAAGAAAAA